GAAGUGCCCAGAAGUGCCACAAAGUGCUCAUCAGCUGUCGUUGCGUGUCUUAAAAACAGUUUUAUUAAAGAUACGUCGAAAAAGAAAACGAUACAUGCAUAAAAAUUUUGGACCUCCGCGCGGAGCAAAGUACGCAAGAGGCAGGAGCACUUCGGCGACAAGCUCAAAUUGAAAGUUUAGUGGCUAUCUGAUUUAGAAAGUUUACUACAUAACCCUGGAAUUGACGACUCCGUAUGAUCCAGCUCAAAACUAGAAUAAUCACUGCAAAACGUUUCUAACAAAAAACUCUGCUCCUGAAAGAUCGUUUAUAUCUUCUUUAUUCAUCAAUAUUUUAUGUUUUACUAGUGAAAAUUUUAGUAGUUCCUGGUGGAAACAUUGCAAAAGUGUUUAAUGGUUUCUAAUGGCAAAUAUAACGUUUUAGUGAGAUAACGACAACUCAAAUUGGCAACAUUGCUGGCUAAAGAAUUCCCAAAGUACGUGUUUUUUUGGCUUUGAAAUUAGAUAUGACUCUAUAAUGUCACGUGUCAGCAGUAAGUAACAAUAAAACAAUAAAGCAGUGUACUCAUACAAUAAGUAAUCUAAAUUGUUAAAUAAUGUCUCAAAAUUUAGUGUGGAAUUAUUUCACCCAACAUAGACGACCAGUAGCAGAAUGCAAUUUAUGUAAUGAAUGGUAUCAUAGUGAGCAAGUGUUAAAUUUAGAGAAACAUCUGACACAUAACCAUCCAAAAGUAAUAGCAGAAAUACGUGAAAGUAUUAAACAUGCCAAUUUAGCAAAAUGUUUUAUAUUUGAUGUAGGAGAUUCUGAGGCAAGAUGCGUUAUUGACAAUUGCAUUGUCAAUAUAUUUAACGGAAUCGAUUACUUAAAAGGUCACUUGAACAAUCACGAUAUAAAUAAACAUACAAGUACCUUUAGAAAUGCUCAAAGUAAUAAACACAAAACAGUAUCACAGCUAAGAGCAGUAGAGAAUAACACAAGUGCGAGUGCUAAUAGUCAAUCUGAUGUAUAUUCGCAAGAUACGAAAGAUCAAAAAGAAUUACCAUGGGAUUCUCAUAAAAACCCCAUAAUAUGGCGUUAUUUCGUACCAAAAAAUUCGCACAAAGCAAAAUGCAAUAUUUGUAAUAUCUCCUGCUUUAAUCUGAGAAACACUUUAGAGAUGCACUUGAUACAUCGUCAUCCACAAGUAUUAGAUGAAAUACGAAAUGAUAUAGCAAAAGAAAUUAAGCACUUCAAUCUAUCAACAUAUUUUGUGUGCGAUAAAGAAUUUUUUCAAGUAAAAUGUAGUGUUGACAAUUGCCUUCGCAGUGUUAACGUGUUUCACGGAACCGAAGGAUUAACACUCCAUUUGAUGAAAUAUCAUAUAAGUAUAUAUCGAAAGAUUUCUCCAUAUAUGCCAAAAAAUAACACAGCUUUAAUGACACAACCAAUAGUUAAAGAAAACUACGCAAGUACAAAUGCUAGUAGUCGACUGCCUGUUACGUAUUCACAAAACACGGAAAAUGAAAAAAGAUUCAUAUGGGGUUGCCAGAGAAACUUAAUAUGGCAAUAUUUUAAACCAGAUGGAAAGCCUUAUGCAAAAUGCAAGAUCUGUCGAAGACGUUUCAAAGGUAAAAAAUUGGUUCAAUUUGAACAGCACUUACUAAAGUGUCAUACAGAAGUAGUAGACAUAAUACGAAUUGAAAUAAACGAAGAAAUUAAGCGUUUUAAUCUAUCACCACCUUUUGAGCUCAACGCAAAAUUUAAUCAUGUAAGAUGCAAUGUUAACAAUUGCGUUGAUCCCACUAUCAACAUAUUUUAUGGGACAGAAGAAUUAAAAGACCAUUUGAGAAAACAUCACACACAUAUAUAUAGAAGGAUUUCUGAAUAUAUGGCAAGAAAUAGCACAGAUGUAAUAACAGAACCAGUACGUAAAGAAGAUAAUGCAAGUACAAAUGUUGGCGACCCACGACCUGAUACAAAUUGGCGAACAUAAUAAAAAAAUAACAAUAGUGUUAAAAAUUGUAAAUAUUAAUGUAUAACGUUUUACAUUACUCACAU